AUGUUGAUGGAGAAGAGGAGAGCUCAGCCAGAGAUCGUCUUCAGCAGGAAUUACGAAGAGCUGCCAGCUUGGUUGCUUGGGGGCCUGGAUGAGGUGGUAUUUGCAGCGAGCACUGGACCCGAUGGUGGGCUGACGGCCAUCAAGCACCGACCCAUGCAUCUCACCACCAACGAGCCCGAUGUGGAAUUCAUCGACGAAGACGAGGACCACUCGCAGCAGAGUCCCUGUCGGCGGGCCUCCCUCUCUACAAAAUCCAGCCCUGAGGCAUCUGAAGUGGAGGCUUCCAGCUGUCUCAAUGAGAUCUCAGAAUGGAACAAUAAUCAUGAAAAUCCGAGUGAGAGUGCACCAGAACUAACUGCUGGGAUCCAAGGCUGGAACCGACCUCACCCAUUUGCUUAUGGUGUAUCCACCACACUUUAUGAGAAGAACCCGGUGACUAGAAUCAAUGCAGGGAACCCAAUUGCAGAUUCAUAUGCAAUAGUGGCUCGAAAGAAUAAUGCCAUCAUGGCGCUAGCUGAUGGUGUGAAUUGGGGGGAGAAGCCAAGCCUUGCAGCCAAAUGUGCAGUUCAUGGUUGCAUUGACUACCUCAACAAGGCCCUCUUUCCCCUUCGGGGUGCCCCACUCACAACCAAGGAUAUCUUUUUGGCUCUCAUGCGGAGCAUGUGUGCUGCACAUCAGCUAAUCCUCCUGGAGGAAGGAGAUGUAACAACACUCACAGUUGCUGUCAUCGUCCCCAUGAUCCUGCCCAACAAAUAUGCUGUCUGCAUCUGCAAUGUUGGCGAUAGCCUCGCUUAUGUGUACAACCGUCAGACAGGCGUCAGAGAAAUCACUUAUGGAUCUCAUGACAUCAACUCUAUGCGGAACAUGAGAGAUGCCCUUGGUGCCUUGGGACCAGUUGAUGGGAUCUCGGCUCCUGUGCUCAACAACUUGACCUGCUCCAUGACCCAAGUGGAGCCGGGUGACAUCGUCUUUCUUACCUCAGAUGGAGUGUCUGACAACUGUGACCCUGUGGUUGGGAAGUUUGCUCUCCCUAAGGAGGUUAAGAAGAAGUCAGGGACACGCUCCAAACGCAAAGAUAUUCAUCCACAUGCCCCUCAAGAGGACUCACUGCUCCAUCAUGCUGGUCUACCGGUUGUGGAGGCUUUCCAGCGUCACGAGCUGACCAUGAUGCGAAUGGACGACCUCGUGAGCCACGGAGUCGGAUCGCAGAACCACCGACUGGAUUCGGGUCGGGAUAUCACACCGCAGGAUUUGUGCCAUCAGCUGAUCGACUUUGCAACGCGACUAACCAAUGCCAAGCGCCGCAUCCUCGAGGACCCGGAACUGUACGAAGAGGAAGGAGCGGAACGGGAAGGGCCAGCAGAGCACCACCUGGAGGACCGGUCGAGACGGAAGAGGGUGUCGGACCGCCUCGCCCAGCUACCCGGGAAGUUGGACCAUGCCACCGUGGUCGCUUACCGUGUGGGAGUCUAUCACAGUGAUAUGGAGGAGGAAGAGGAGGAUUUCAACGCUCCUCUUGAAUCCCCCGUUUGACCCCUCUUCACAUCAACCUCUCUUGUCGUUUAUUCUGCUCAUUCUAUGUCAUCCUUCCUUCACUCAUAUACAAGUGAAUCAAAGUUCAAAGAGAAUAAAGUGUCAUUUUUUUAAAUAGAUA